AUGAGUAGAAAUUCUGACACGCGUCUGUUGCACAGUAGCGAAAUUCACAAGAAUCUAUUUUGGACGAAAGGAGGAAGUAAAGCAGCCGGCAAAAUUACCGACUGUAGUAAAUACUGUGCACCAACUACAAACGGCCCCACCAUUUCGUUCAGCAGUUUUCGACAAUCUUUCACCUCAAAUGUUAAUUACCUGAAAAGACGCUUUAGCUCUGGGGAUUUGUCCUCAGAGUGUGAGGAUGGUGAAGCACCAGUGGAUCCUUAUGCCAAACAACCGCCAGUUACUUCUCAACCUCAGGCGCCUCCGCCCCCGCCCCCGCCACAAGCUCAGCCGAACACCGGAAAUUCGGGAGAUUUGUCCUUAAACCUGAGGCCGGGAUCAAAGACAACAAGCGCACCAAGUAGUCCUGCAAAGUCGAGGGAGUCGCUCUUACAACGCGUUCAAUCAUUAACGGGACAAGCGAGAGAUCAGGGAGCUUCCAUAUUAGGCGCCGCCGUUUCGAGCGCGAGCAGAGUAACGUCAUCGGUAACAAGCACGAGACAUUUAACUCUUCUCGUCAUUGAUGACCAGAACACUGAUUGGUCUAAGUACUUCAGGGGUAGACGAAUUGGCGAAUACGAUAUACGCGUCGAGCAAGCUGAAUUUAAAGAGAUUACUGUAACGGCCACUGCGGAUAGUGCGAGUGUAUCGAUGGCAGUUUUCAGGGGUGGAACAAGAGUCGGAAGAUCGUUUAGGCCUGACUUUUUGUUGAUUCGCCAGAAUUUAAAAGAUGCAGGAGAAGAUCACAAAAGGCUCCUCUUAGCGCUCAAGUUUGGUGGCGUACCGAGCAUUAACAAUUUGAACGCCAUAUACAACUUCCAGGAUAAACCUUGGGUUUUUGGACAUUUGGUGCAACUUCAGAGGAGGUUAGGAAAAGAGGCUUUCCCCCUCAUCGAGCAGACAUUCUACCCCGACCACAAGGAGAUGCUUAUAAUUCUUCCACCAAUUGCGUACACUUUGCCAGUUUCCAGUUUGACUCCACACAUGCUAUCCCAGAGCGACGUUAAUAGCCGCCCCGAUUUUAACGCCACCUGA